AUGUUCGGCCGUCGCGUCUUUGCGAGCGCACCGCUCCCACGCCAUAUGUGGGCGAAGAUGCACAUCCAAAACGCGGCCCAAGCGCAGCGCAUCCUGCCCUCCUUGGCCCCCUUGGUCUCGUCUCUGGGUCGCAGCACCAACGUUUUGAACAGUCAGGCGCUCGCGCAGGCGCGUGACGGCAUGGCCUCCGAUUCAAGUGCCACGUCUCUGGAGGAACUCUCUGUGCGCUACCUCUCCGGCUCGCUCACGACGGUGAGCUCCAUCGUCUUUGGGCCAGUAAAGUUUACAUUAUCGGUCAGCACACCACUCGUCAGCUUUCUAGAGUUGCUGGAGCAAAUGAGAAUUAAGCUCAUGCAGGGACGGACUGAGGUGUGA